UGGUUGGAGAACGAAAUUUGUUCGUGGCCGUCUUUAUCGUGUGCGCAUAAAUCCGUCGAGCAUCCAAUUAUUUAAUCUCAAUCUGCCUUCCAAUUUUCACUGUUUCAAGAAUCAACAACUCCCCCAAAUGGGGAGAAAUUUCCCUUUUCUCUUCUCCCGAAGAAACUAGAAAUUCCUUACGUGCGCUCAAUACAGAUUCCCAAAUCCCAAUUCCGAAAAGGAUCUCUACUUUUUCCCCGUUUCUGAAUUUGUAAUUUCUUCUGUGUUCAACCAUUUUUCCCGGAUUUUCUCGCUGAUCGAGAAAAUAUCGAGGAAAUUUCGUUGUUCUGAAUCUAAUAAUGGCAGCUUGUUUUAGUUUCUCUUCUACCUUGGACUCGUGUUUCCGGUACUCCUUUUCUAGGGCAGGGCUCAAAUCCACCACCACCGAUCUCGGCGAUGGAACGAUCAUGCACUGCUGGGCGCCCAAAAUCAGAAAAGACACGAAGCCUAAUUUGCUGCUCCUCCAUGGAUUUGGGGCAAACGCAAUGUGGCAAUGGAACGAGUUCAUAUCGCCGCUGAUUCGAUUCUUCAACGUUUACGUCCCUGACCUAAUCUUCUUCGGCAAUUCGUACACGACUCGACCGGAGCGCUCCGAGUCGUUUCAGGCUCGCUGUAUGAUGCGUCUCAUGGAUUCGCUUGAAGUUCAGACGACGAAUGUCGUAGGAAUUAGUUACGGUGGCUUCGUAUCCUACAGUAUGGCCGCGCAAUUUCCGGAGCGAUUGGAGAAAGUCGUGCUCUGUUGCGCCGGGGUUUGUUUGGAAGAGAAGGAUAUGGCGGACGGGAUGUUCGUGGUGAAGAACGUCGAUGAAGCCGCCAGUAUUUUGCUGCCUCAAACGCCGGCGAAGCUCAAAGAAUUGAUCCGCCUCACCUUCGUCAAGCCUGCUCGGACUAUGCCCACUUGUAUAAUCGACGAUUUCAUCGAUGUGAUGUGCACAGAGUACAAGGAAGAGAAAGAAGAGUUGAUUAAAGAAAUUCUCAAGGACAGGAACUUAUCUAAUCUUCCCAAGAUCACUCAGCCUACGUUGAUAAUAUGGGGAGAACAAGAUCGAGUAUUUCCUUUAGAGUUGGCAUAUAGAUUACAAAGGCACUUGGGGGAAAACGCAGAGGUUGUUGUUGUAAAGGAAGCAGGGCAUGCGAUCAAUGCAGAGAAGCCAAAGGAGAUGUACAAACACAUCAAGGCCUUUCUAACCCAACCCAACCUUUCUCCAUCAAAUUCUUCUCUAUGUAGCUUCUGAUCAUUUCUUGCUGCAAAUCUAUCUAUAAUUAUUUAGAUCCAGUUACCAAAAUUACCCUUGUUAAUUUAUAACAUUAUCAAAAUAGCCUUCCAUGUCAUAAUUUGCAAAAGUUAUCGGAUCUAUAAAUAUGAAUGUAAAUAGUUUUCUUGC